AAACACGGAAGCAGCAUGGCGGCCAGCGGCAGCGGCGGCUCCGACAGGCAGCGGGUGGCCCAGCAGAGACUGAGGAUCAUCGCCGGACACUUGCGGAGGCCGGCGGACGACGACUGGGCCGUCCGGGCCGCGGAGUGCAAAGCCCCGCAGAGCGAGUCCUCCGCCCCCGCCGAGGGGAAGAAGACGAUGCCCCGGAGAAGGCAGGAGAUUAUGAAAUGGAAUGGCUGGGGAUAUAACGAUACCAAGUUCCUCUUCAAUAAGAAAGGGCAAACAGAAUUUACUGGCAAAAGGUAUAGGCUAAGUGGUAUGAUCGUCCCUGGUCUGCAAGAUUGGUUUGAAACCACAUUUGGAGCCAGUGUGCACCAUAAAUCCCCCGCAACAACCACUCUGAAUAGCAGUGCUGUGCCGCCUCCCAAUCUUAAUGAGGCCUUCGUCGAAGAGCUGAAAUCCACAGGUGUUCCCUUCUCUCACGAUGCAGAGGACAGAGUGUUUCGCGCUAACGGCCAUUGCUUACAUGAGAUCUUUCCCCUCCGAGAAGGGAAAAUUGGUCGAGUUCCAGAUUCGGUGGUAUGGCCAAACUGCCACAAUGAUGUAGUGAAAAUUGUGGAACUGGCGUGCAAACAUAAUGUUUGUUUGAUACCAUUUGGAGGAGGGACGAGUGUCUCUAGCGCUCUAGAGUGCCCCCUUGAGGAAACUCGCUCCAUUGUUUCUCUGGAUACCUCACAGAUGAACCGCAUUCUGUGGAUUGACGAGAAAAAUUUAACGGCCCAUGUGGAAGCUGGCAUUAUCGGUCAGGAUCUGGAGAGACUACUUAAUGAGAGUGGCUACUGUACAGGGCACGAGCCUGACUCCAUGGAGUUCAGCUCCUUGGGGGGUUGGGUCGCAACCAGAGCAUCGGGCAUGAAGAAGAACGUCUACGGCAACAUUGAAGACCUGGUCGUCCACAUAAAGAUGGUGACCCCUCAAGGUGUAAUUGAAAAGAGUUGUCAAGGCCCACGCAUGUCCACAGGCCCAGAUAUUCACCACUUCAUCCUGGGCUCAGAAGGAACCUUGGGCCUGGUCACCGAGGUAACCAUGAAGAUUCGUCCAGUGCCAGCGUAUCAGAAAUACGGCUCUGUUGUAUUUCCGGAUUUUGAGCAGGGGGUUGCCUGUCUCCGGGAGGUCGCCAGACAGAGGUGUGCUCCGGCAUCUAUACGACUCAUGGACAAUAAGCAGUUUCAAUUUGGUCACGCCCUGAAGCCUCAAGGGUCUUCCAUUUUCACAUCUUUUGUGGACGGCUUGAAGAAAUUUUACAUCACCAAGUUCAAAGGGUUCGACCCCAACCGCUUGUGUGUGGCCACCCUGCUAUUCGAGGGAGACCGUGAGAAGGUCCUGCAGCAUGAAAAGCAAGUUUAUGACAUUGCUGCAAAAUUUGGGGGCCUGGCAGCUGGAGAGGACAAUGGUCAGAGGGGUUACAUGCUGACCUUCGUCAUCGCUUACCUCCGGGACUUGGGGUUGGACUACUAUGUGAUUGCCGAGUCCUUUGAAACCUCUGUGCCUUGGGACAGGGUGUUGGACGUUUGCCGGAAUGUAAAGGCACGCAUUGUCCGAGAGUGUAAAGAGAGAGGAGUGCAGUUUUCACCAUUAUCCACAUGCAGAGUGACUCAGACAUACGACGCUGGUGCCUGUGUCUACUUUUACUUUGCCUUCAACUACAGAGGACUCAGUGAUCCAAUACAUACGUUCGAACAAGUGGAGCAUGCAGCUAGAGAAGAAAUCCUUGCCAAUGGAGGAAGCUUGUCACAUCACCAUGGAGUGGGGAAACUUCGGAAGCAGUGGAUGAGAGACACCGUUUCCAACGUCGGCAUCGGAAUGCUCAAGUCCGUCAAGGACUACCUGGACCCCAAUAACAUCUUUGGCAACAGGAACCUCUAUUGAGUCCCCUCCAUCUUUAGCUCACCUUUUUCUAAAGAAAAGCAUCGUGUGUUUUGGAUUAAUCAAAACUAAAUGUAAAUUAAAAAUUGACAGUGCCAUUUAUUGAUUCACCCAAACCUUUUUCUUUGGCUUUAUAUUGCACUUAAUAUGCUGUAACAAUCAUUGUCGUUCAUGUUGAAGCUGAUUUGUGCUGUUGUUUCGUGUCCUCUGCUUUUCUGAGCGAAGGACGCGAUGCAUCACGACACCGUGCAAAAAAACCUUGAUAUUUGUUUUUGUCAUAUUUGCUUUUGUUUAACAUUUUCCUACAUAUCUCUGCCAAUUUAGUUGACCGUUCAAUUUGUUUUUAUUUGACUCUUUUUGUGUGUGUGUGUGCGUGCAUGCGUGAGCGUGUGUGGCACUUCUUUAGUGGUAAGUUUUAGACGAAGACGCUUUCUAAAGCUCUGUGCCUUUCUAAAGCUUGUCUCUGCCUUCCUCUUCUCGUGCACACCACUCGUGCACAGUGACUCCCUAUGUGAAGCAAAACAAACUCAGACAUGAUGUUUUCACUGUCUCCUGUUUGUCUUUUCCAUUCCCUCAGGCCUUUUGUUGUACUGACCUAUUGCCAUAAGACACUUUGUCGAGUGUGUGCGUGUGUGUGUGUGUGCGUGUGUGCCUCUCCAGACUAAACUGAAAAGCCCACACCUUCAGCCACCCACCAAAAUUUAACCCUCCGAGAAGUACAAUAUGAUUACAGAGAGAGAAAUUCCUUGUGUGUUAUGUUUUUGUACUAAAAUUACUUUUGUUUGCAUGGUUUGUUGUUUUGCGGCGCUCACGUUGUACCAAAGACUCAACACGUCAGACCAUGCAGACAAAAAUCUGUUUGACUAUAUUUGAUCACAAUAUGCACAGCUAACCCACAUUUCAUCAAUAUGCAAAGAGAACCUCUGAAAGCCGUGAAGUGUAGAUAUUUGUUACUGUUUCAUGUGCUGAAACUUUCUAUUAAAGUCGAUGAAGUCCAUGUUUGCUAUCUUCAAGGCGCUGUUCUUGUUUCUGCUCCAACUGGUGUUGCCCAGAGAUUCCUUAGCUCCCGAGAUGGUUGAACUUGUUAACCGCCCCUUUGUUAUCUGUAUUGUAUUAAAGGUUUUUGGAAUGGUAACAUACUGCAAUUUGAUAUCUGACAUUUAACUAAUGGUUUUGAAGCCAAGUUUUGCUUUUUUCCCCUUCUGAUGUGUGCUUCACUUUCCCGGACCACCACAUCCUUUUUUUAUUCUCAAUACUCCCCCCAAAUAACACAACUUAGUUAGGACCUACUAUUUGAAAUUUUAACCCCUGUGUCAAAAACAUGUGAGAGCCUUUGAAUGUUAUGGAUGUACCUUUAUAUUUUGUUAUUUACCACUUCUCCUAACAAUGUAGUAACAUCCAUGUACAUUCUGUCCACGCUGUUUGUGCAAUAAAUUGAAUAAAAUUCAACUAAACCCUCCCA